ACAGCCGCCAAGACGACCAGCGGACUGUGUGUGCGUAGUGAUAAUUAUACAUUUAUCGGCUCGAGACGAGUAUUGUGACAGAAACGAGCCGAGACAGCCGUGUUUUGUGAACUAUUGUUAAGUGUGAUGCUAGGAGAUGGAUUACCAGAAACGUGAGAUCCCCACCUGUGAGGUUUGCCAGAAACCUGCAAACCAAACCUGCGGAGGGUGCAAGCUCGUCUUCUACUGCUCCAGAGCUCACCAGAAGUUGGGAUGGAGGGAAGGACACAAACUCAGAUGCUGCGCCUUCAAAGUACAAUUCUCCGACACUGUAGGCAGACACAUGGUGGCCACAAGAGACAUCAAGCAAGGUGAAAUGAUCUUGAAGGAGAAGCCCGCAGCCAUAGGACCAAAAAUGGCCAGCCCCGUCCAAUGCUUGGCGUGCUACAAAAAGUUGGAACCAAUCAAAAUGGAAGAUAACAAAACCUACGAUUUUUACAAGUGCUCGUCGUGUCAUUGGCCCAUGUGUGGACCAAAGUGUGAGAAAGCUGAAGUGCAUAAAGCCGAAUGUAAGAUUAUGACUGACAGGCAGUUCAAGUGUACUAUUAAGUAUGAACAACCCGACAAAAUUGAGUCUGCGUACUGUGUGAUUGCACCGCUAAGGGUCCUUUUAAUGAAAGAAAGUAAUCCUCUGCAAUAUGAAAACGUGUUGAGUUUGGAGUCCCAUUUAGACGAACGUGUGAACACACCUCUAUACACAGUGCUGAAAGCUAAUCUAGUGACUUUUAUCAUCCAAGUCCUCGGAUUGCACAUUGACGAAGAAACAAUAUUGAAGGUGGCCUCAAUAUUUGACACCAACUCUUUCGAAGUUCGUACUCCCGACGGCUCUAAAAGGAUGCGUGGUAUUUAUGUGACAGCAGCCAUGAUGAACCACAGCUGUACGCCAAAUACCCGACAUGUAUUCUUGGGUGAUGAAUAUAAUUUUGCCCUCAUUGCAACGAUGCCAAUAGCUAAGGGUGAGCUCAUUACUGCUACAUACACACAAAGUUUGUGGGGCACAUUAGACAGAAGAAGACACUUGCAAACUACUAAAUGCUUUUACUGUGAAUGCGCCAGAUGUAAGGAUCCAACUGAAUUCGACACCCAUUUAGGAAACAUCUAUUGCUCUAUGUGUAACGGCCCUUCUGGUUUAAACAAAGGAGCAAUGUUGAUGUCGACGAAUCCACUAGAUGAAGGAGCCGUAUGGAAAUGUGAAAAAUGUGAUCACACUAUUUUGAGUAAGCAGAUGUUCUGGGGCAAUAACGCCUUGAAAGGAGAUUUGAAUAAAAUAAACAAACUGAACCCACGUGGGUUCGAAGAGUUUAUUACUAAAUAUAGCCAGACGUUACAUCCGACGAAUCACUUGGUCUUACAAGCUAAACUGUCCUUGAUCCAGAUUUAUGGGAAUCAAAAAGGCUACACCUUAUCAGAAUUACCAGACCACCUCUUGAAGAGGAAAAUUGAUCUUUGUCAUGAACUUUUGGAAAUAUCUGACAAGAUCGAGCCUGGUUGGACUCGAUUGAGGGGCACUCUCCUUCUAGACUUGCAGUCAGCUAUGACUGUUGAGACUAAGAGAGAAUAUGAAGCUGAAAAGAUUACUAAAGCUGCAGCACAGGAUCAACUGAUGGAGAGUAUGACAUUGCUGCAAGAAGCCACAAAUAUUUUGAGAGUGGAGCCUUACAUGAGGGAGACUUUAGAGGCGAAAAUCCGUGAACUAGCGAGUCAACUUGAAGAUAAAAUGGAAGAGAAAAACGGAUCAGAGCUCUCUGUUGAUUAGAUUAUUUUUAAUAUAAAUCUAUUAAAAAAAAUCAUAAAGACAAACUGUGUGUUAGACUGAAUUACUAAUGCAAUGUUAAUAUUUAUUGACAUGAAAUUCCCUUUUUUCUAAUAAACUUUUUUAAAACUUCA